GCCAUCAAACCCUUCUUUUCAUCAUUUCCAAUUCUCCUAUUUAACAAACGCGUUUCUUUCAUCUCUUCCAAAAUAAUCAUAAUCUCAUUUCUUUUCACUUCACCACUUUCACUUUCGCUUUUCUUCACCAAAAUCGCUUCCAAAAUGGUUGUUUCUCUAAAACCAUCCAAAUUCUACGGUUCAAGCCUACCCCGUCCACGCAUCUACGUCUCCCCAGACGGCUCCGAUCGUGUAGAUCCCCCUAUCUCCGUCACCGGCCCGCUUAUGUCUUGGGCCCAAGAAGCCCAUUGGUCCAUGGGUGGCGUCAGCUUCAAACGUCUCCGUUUAAUGGGUAAAAUCGAAGGCAACGUCAAAAAGCUUCGUUCCCAGCGUGAAAAAGAAUUCAAAGCCCAUCCAAUAAGCCCAAGCCCAAGCAAGGUAGAUCUACCCAGAUCUAAAAACUCUGCUGCUUCUCGUUCGCGGUCACCUUCACCGCCACCUGCUCCGAUUGGUUUGAAGAGGAAGAGAUUCGUUACUCUUCUUGAGCAAGAAAAUUUGGUUCCGGUUGAGAAAACUCGUCGUGGAAGAAGGUUGGUGAAGAGGCUUGGUGAUGAUUUUGAUCGAGUUGCUUCUCCGGUGAAUGACCGAUCUGCUGAGGUAGCGCCGGUAGUUGCUGAUCCGGCGCCGGUGACUCCACCAGUGAAGAGGAGUCGGAGAUUGGUGAAAAUUGGCGAUGCUGUGAAGAAGGUUGCUGAAGAGAAGUUGAAGAAGAAGGUUGUUGAGGAAGAAGAGAAAAGCCCUAAUUCUGUGACUAGGGUUAGAGUUUCACCAAGAUUGGCUAAGAAUGGUUCCAAUUAGGGAUUUGUAAUUAAAUAAAUUGGGUUUCUCUCUUUUAUUAUUAUUAUUAUUAUCUUGUUAAUCUUAUGUCAAAAAAAUUAUCUUGGUUAGUCUUUUUUUUAUUUUCUUUGGUUCUUUAUAGUUUUUGUAGAAGCUGGGUUCGUUUGUGAACAAGAAAAUAGAUUGUAUUUGAAGUUAA